CGGAGAGGAGGAGAGUUAGCCUAAGAUAGCAUUUUGAUUCACGAGGCAGUCACACCCCUUUGGUUUGGAUUUUGCAUUCUUGAACAGGAGUGUAUGAUUGUGAAUGAGGCAGGUUGAGUCAUGGCUGUGGUGGUGGAUACUGGAACUGGGAUGAUCAAGGCUGGAUUUGCAGCGGAUCAAUAUCCCAGAGCGGUGUUUCCGUCUGUUGUGGGAAUGCAUCAGGAUGCUGUGCUCAGAGCAGACCUAAAUAACUACUGUGUUGGGAAAGAAGCCAGGGACAGGCCAGAUAUUUGGAUCUCCAAAUACCCAAUCAAACAUGGAAUUGUGACCAACUGGGAUGACAUGGAGAAGAUUUGGCAACACAUCUUUAACAAUGUGUUGAGAGUUGCUCCAGCAGAAUAUUCUGUUCUCUUCAUGGAGGCACCUCUGAACCCCAAAGCUAACAAAGAGAAGAUGGCCCAGAUGAUGUUUGAGAGUUUUGACACACCACAUGUCUUUGCUACUGUUCCUGGCUUACUCUCCAUUUAUGGAACAGGCCGCAUCAAAGGCGUUGUAUUGGACAGUGGGGAGGGUGUGACCUCUGCUGUGUCAGUCAAUGAUGGCUAUAUCAUACCUGAUAGCAUUCGACGCCUAAACUUUGCUGGCAGGGAGCUAAAUGACAACUUAAUGGAGAGGUUGAUUCAUCGUGGGUACCACUUCAGCACGGCUGCUGAGAGAUUGCUUGCUGAAAAUAUCAAAGAGAAGCUUUGCCAUGUGGCCCUUGAUUAUGACCAGGAGAUGACAGAGGCUACUACAUCUUCCACUCUGGACAAAAGCUAUGAACUUCCAGAUGGUCAAAUCCUCACCAUCAAUAAGGAGUGUUUCCAAUGUCCCGAAGCUGUAUUCCAACCUUCCUUUUUGGGAAUACCAUCCGCUGGCGUCCACGAGACUGUCAAUGACAGCAUCGAGGCAUGUGAAGAUUGUAUCAGGAGUGAUCUCUACACAAAUAUUAUUCUGGCUGGCGGAUCUACCAUGUUUCCAGGCAUUGCUGAUCGAAUUCAGAAAGAAAUCACAAUCUUGGCUCCAAAAACAAUGAAGGUUAAAGUCAUUACUUCAUCGGAAAGGAAGUAUUUAGGCUGGAUUGGUGGCUCAAUCUUGGCUUCUCUCUCUGCUUUCCAGGAAAUGUGUAUUACCAAGCAGGAGUAUGAUGAAUCAGGACCCUCUGUUAUCCAUCGCAAAUGCUUCUAA